GACCUACAUCUUCUACUGUCUCUCUGUUCUCAAUUUAUUUACACAGUAUAUGUAUGCACACAAUCUGAGUUGUCUGCCUGGUGCUGAGACUGUAGGUGACAACCAGUCUGUGUGUUUGAGAGACCCAGUGAUGAUCUAUUUUCCAUUUGCGAGGACAAUUCUACAGAUUUCUAUUUAUGAUAUUUCCAAUGGUUGUAGUGGAGACGGAUGCUGCAGUUCCCUCGUUAUAAUCUCCCAAGAUAUAUUGUUGUCACUAUUUCUUGACUGAUGAAUAUGAAUGCACACUAGCGUUGCUUUAGUGUGAUGACAAUUAAAAGAUUUAUUCAUCUUAAGUUAAAAAAAUCAGGCAUACAAAUAAAUAACUUUGGGCACUGUAUCUUAGAUAACUGCUUCAAGUGAAUUAGUUAUUUGGCACUGCUGUCUGUUUAAGUGCCAGCCACAUGCAUAUUUUUACACAUAUUAUAAUCCACUUGAUGCACUUUUGGCACUAAUUUUUAUUCCCACGACUGACAGCCUUUGGGUCCUGUGUUUGGAGCUUGACACAACUCAGGAUGCCAGAUUUCCAGGCUUGUGGCCGUGUUGUAAACAUUUAUUGUUGCACAUUCGUUUUCAGACACUGUUUUGUUGUUUUAAAUGAUUUGGCUCAGUGUUUUAGAUGAUUGCACAUAACUUGGAAAUGUCUUCAAUUUCUCUAGUUAUCAUGGCAACUAUUCUGCAUGUCAAUCAACAAUGAUAAACAGUGGAAUUAACAAAAGCUGAUAAGAAUUUUACUUUAUUUUUUAAUUGCAAUUCCACAGCAUAGAGUAAAUAUAAAUAGCUACAUAAUACUGGUAUUCAUAGAGCCAUCAACAACUGGCAUCCUGGUAAUGAUGUGUAAGAAGACAUAAAAUAAACUCAUGUUUUAUGGUGGUAAUAUAAUUCUGUAAUGGGGAUUGCACAAAAAUAAAUUUUACAUUUUUUAAUUAUGUAUUUGGAGGGAAAACAUAAAAUAGGAUGUAGAACCAAAACCCAGCUCUCCAGGCAAAUCUACAAACUAGGAAAGACAUGUCUAUUUUCCACUAUCACCUUGACUCGGCUCAAAUCUACGGUUGGUUUCCCAUUACAAUUGAAUAACAGCUCUAGCGGGUGGUCCACAUAAAGCUGGGCUGCCCCAAAGUCAAAAAGGUAGCUUAACGUUAUUUGUAUGUGACAAAAAUGGAGGAAAUAGAAGCUAUGCUGAACAUUCUGCGCAACCUCCUACUGGCCUUAAAAAUCUCAAAUAUGCUGAGUCACUGUUUUGAGUUUUUACAAAUGGUGGGUCGGAUUAUUCUUAGAGUUCUAGCACGCAUUGAGCAACAUAAGGGAGGUAAGAAAAAAAUUAAAAUCUCCAUAGCUCAUUGUUGGAGAACUGCAACAAGACGUGGCAUCUAGACUCGAGAGGUCACGAGACUGCAUGACAACCAUUUGACUCUAUCUAUGCUAAAGAUAGGGUCAAAGAUAGGUUAUAUUUUAUAUAGAUGCAGUCCUAAUAACUUUAUGCUUCCCCAUAUCUCCUAUAAAUGCACCGGAUUUGCUUGUUUGAACUAUGAUACCAUUCCAGUUGAUGGAGACAGCUGAAAUCGAGAAAGGUAAUGGGCAUGUACUGAAGCUAUGUUUAGAAUCCCCUCUGUCCCCGAUACCUUUAAGAGAAGCGGGAGGACAGACCAACAGCAGAAGCCGGACGGGUGAUACUGUAAACAGACUUCUGAAAUAAAAGAUACAGCAUCAGAAACACUUUGACAAAGAACACAAUCAAGUCUUUCUCUCUUCAAAGGACCAAAAACAGCAAGAUAUGGCUACAGCCGCCAGCAUUCUGUCCAAGGAGCAUCUCCUUUGCCCCAUCUGUCUGGAUGUGUUUAACCAGCCAGUCUCCACUCCGUGCGGGCACAACUUCUGUCGUGACUGCAUCCAGAGAUACUGGCAGAGUACCAAUCCGCCGCAAUGCCCCAUGUGUAAACACAAGCUGUACAAGAGGCCUGACCUCAAAGUCAACACCUUCAUAUCCGAGCUGGCUGCUCAAUUUAAAGACCAUGGGGAAAUGAAGUACAAAGACAAGCUCAGAAGUAUGGACAUGUCAGGCCACAAGGGGGAAGUUGCUUGUGAUGUGUGUAUUGGUAAACGGGUGAAAGCUUUUAAAACCUGUCUGGAAUGUUUGGCUUCAUUUUGCCAGACACAUCUGGAGCCCCAUCACGUUCUAGGCACCCUCAAGAAACACACCCUGAUCAACCCAAUUAUGAACAUGCGAGACAGAUUGUGUAAGAAACACGAGAGCCUCCUGAACCUGUUCUGCCACACAGACCAGAUGUACGUGUGCCAGGUCUGUGUUGAGGAUGACCACAAGGCACAUCGUAUGGCUCCUAUAAAGCAUGAAAGCCAAGACAGGAGAGAUCAGAUCAGAAGUAUGAACAUGGAAGUGCAAGAAGACAUCCACAGUAGGCUAGAGAAAACGUGUGAGAUCGGUCAAGCUGUUGAGUUUAGCAAAAGAAACACUGAAAAAGAGGUUGAAGAGAGUUUUCUGGUCUUCAACAAACUGCUUCAAGUUGUUAAGACAGUCCAAGCUGACGUGGCUGAGGCUAUCUUAGCAAAGCAAAGGUGUGUCGAAAGCAGGGCUAGUGAGAUGACAUUGGAUCUUGAGCAAGAGAUUAAUCAGCUGACAAACAGGAGCACUGAUUUGGAGCUGCUCUCACAGACAAAUGAUGAUCUCUACCUUCUCCAGAGCUUUCCGGCUUUCUCCACUAAGCUGCCCAUCAAAGACUGGUCUGGGAUUUGGGUAGAAAGUGCAGUCUAUGUGGGAACAGUGAGAAGGGCACUCAGGAGAGCAGAAUCACAGCUUGAGGAAACCAUCAAGGCAGAGGUAAAGAGGCUUUGCAAGGUUGAAUUUGAGCGAGUAAAAGCCUACGCUGUGGAUGUGACGCUGGAUCCAGAUACAGCUCACCCCAAACUCGUUCUUUCAGAAAACCGGAAGCAGGUCUAUCACAGCGAUGUGGCUGUGAACCUCCCUGACAAUCCAGCAAGAUUUUACCCUUGUGUUAGUGUCUUGGGGAAGGAGGGCUUCUGCUUCGGAAGGUUCUCCUAUGAGGUUCAGGUGAAAGGGAAGACAGAGUGGGAUAUCGGAGUGGGACUCGAGUCGGUCAAUAGAAAAGGAGGGAAUCUGCUGAACCCUGAAAGAGGCUACUGGACUCUGGGAAUGAGGGAGGAUGAGAGUUACUGGGCACUCAGCAGUCCUCCUGUUAGACUGCCACUGGUGGAAAAACCCCAGGCAGUCCUGGUGUACGUGGACAUGGAAGUGGGGCAGGUUUCAUUUUACAACUCAGACUCUCACUCUCAUAUCUACACGUACACUGGAUACACUUUCAGUGAGAGACUUUUCCCCUACUUCAACCCGCGAAGGAAUCACAGUGGGGUCAAUUCAGCACCUCUCCUUAUCCUGCCUUUGAAUAUCUAAAUUUUCACUAUGUACUAUCUUUUAUGAUGCUUUCAGAUGUUUCAGCAAACUUUAUUACUGAUUAAAGUUAAAGUAAUAGUUCCACAUCUGUUUUGUAAUGCUUGAUGCUUUUGUUCCCUGCAAUAAAAUUCUGCCUUAUGAA